AUGAUGUAUGUUGGAAGCACACUUCCAAUCUUGCCAAUCAUCAUGUGGGAUGAGAAACCCAUUGGAAAUGGAAUGGUGGGAGAAUUGACAAUGGCACUCUCAGAUCUGCUUUGGGAAGAUAUGGCGACAGGACCCGAAACAAAGAGGUUACUUGUUCCUUAUGCCUAA